CCUGACUGUUACGCGCGACAGACAUCUAUCAGGUCGCUGGCUUGCGGAUUCCGAUUGUUUACAACCAAUCAAACAAUUAAGAAAGAAAGUAGCCUCCUGCUGAGAUGGACACCGCUGAUCAGCUCGCGUCUGUGGGGACAUUUCAAGUGCUAAAAUUACCUCUGGGAUUUAUCCGUGUCUUGGAAUGGCUCUUUGCCAUUUUUGCGUUUGCAACAUGUGGGGGCUACUCUGGGCAGCUGCGGGUUAGUGUGGACUGCAUGGAGAAGGCCAGCAGCAACCUCAGCAUCGGCAUCGAUUUUGCGUAUCCUUUCAGGUUGCACCAGGUGUCCUUUGAAGCGCCCGUGUGUGAGGGCAUUAGGAGGGAGCGCGUGUUCCUCAUUGGAGACUAUUCAUCCUCUGCAGAGUUCUUCGUCACCAUCGCGGUCUUUGCCUUCCUGUAUUCCCUCAUGGCCACCAUUGUCUACAUCUUCUUUCAGAACAAGUACCGUGAAAACAACCGAGGACCGCUCAUUGACUUUAUAGUGACAGUGGUGUUCUCCUUCCUGUGGCUGGUCAGUUCCUCUGCUUGGGCCAAGGCCCUGUCUGAUGUGAAAGUGGCCACUGAUCCAGAUGAGGUGCAGCUCCUAAUCUCUGCCUGCAAAGUCCAGACCAACAAGUGUGACUCUCUGCAUGGACCACGCUGGUCCGGGCUCAACACUUCAGUGGUUUUUGGGUUUCUCAACUUUGUCCUAUGGGCUGGAAACAUCUGGUUUGUCUUUAAGGAGACUGGUUGGCACAAGGGUGCAUCAAGGUUAGCAGGCGGAGCCUCUGAGAAACAGUCCGGCACCUUUACCCAGCAGUCCUACAACCAGGGAAGCUUUGACCAGUCAGGGAGCUACAACACCCAGGGAAACCUUGGCCAGCUGUCUGAGUAUAGCCAGGUGGGAGGACCCACCUCUUACUCCAAUCAAAUGUAGCUGCCUUUUCGUUUUGUGAGGGGCACUUCUGCAUUUUCAAGCAUGGCAAUCAGGGGCUGAUAAGAAAGGAGGAAAGUGAACGAUUAAAGGGUAACUUCUGUAUUUUCAAACUGGAUUGAAAUUGGUCCAGUUUUGAGCUAGUGCGCUGCACUCUGCAGCAGCGAGACAGGGCUAUAGCGUAAUCCUUGCGGGCAGUUGUGCAAGUGUUAGUGUGUGACUUUGGUGUUUUAAAGGGUUUAAAAGAACAAAGUCAAACAUUAACACAAAAUAACCAAUUGAUGCAGCAGAACACCAGAGAAGUAGAAUUUAUAUUUUUGUCAAGGGAGUCUGGUGGCUGUGAUGAGACUGAUAUAGCAACUGUUUCUGGUUAAAAAAACAACAACUUACUCUUAAAAACUAGUUCUAUCUCUGUAUGCAUCCUUCCACAAUGUUGUCAGACACAAUCUGAGCCGGUCAGCGGCAAAAACAAGCACUUUAGCGGAUGUACUUUGACUGGGUGCAAUUGCCCGAAAGGAUUAUGUUGCAGCCUUGUCUCACUGCUGUUGACUGCAGCUCACUCUUUUAAUACUGGACCAAUUUCAAAAAAUAUUGUCCACAAUUAGUCACAUAGACAUAAAAAACUUUCAUUCUCUGCUCAAUUUGUCAUCAAUUUGUCUGUGUAAAAAAAGAUGGUAAUAAAAAAGGCAUCAAAGGUUUCAAAGUACACUCUUUGUAGAUAAAAGUAUUGUGUAUUGUACAAAAUUACUAGAUAUAGUCUUUUACUCCUUCUCUGUCAGAGGUGUUGUUUGCUGAAUGUUGUAUUUCUUGUAGUUUGAAACAUAUAAGUUACAGUUUCUCUCUGCGCUUGGUAAUUGACAUUCACUGUUACGACUGGAUGUCUUUUUAAAACUGGUGUGCACUAUCGUGGAAGGAAAAAAGUGCUCUAUGUUUGUAUAAUUCUCAAGUUUCUGAAAUGGUGUCGACUAAGUGCAUGAUGUGGUAUGUGUGCUAAUAUGCUCUCUGUGAAACUAUUUUAAAAAACACGCAUUAUAUCUCUGAAAGUUUACAAACUUCACACUGCCCUGACUCAUUACUGAAAGUUUAUUUAGUACAGUAUUAUUACAUGUGCAUUAUUUUUUAAUCUAACAGGAACUAUAUUUUGAUAAUGGGUAUUUGUAAUUCAGGUACGGAUUCACAAUAUAAUUUAACUUAAUUUCUGUAUUAUAAUCGUUUGUACAAAUACAUUCCAACUCAUGACUGACAUUGAUCAUGUCAGAAAGUCUAAAAAUGUAAAGCAAUAACUACAAACUGCAAAUUAUACUAUAGAGGUUUUGUGCAAGAAAAAAGUACAGGAUUGCAAUCAUUGCAGCAUGUUGUUUCUGUCUCUAUGGUGUUCACCUUCAUCUGCACAGACAAUAUUACUUUGUCAUUUUAUUUGAUUAAUGUAAAGAGGGAGAUCUCCCUCAUUGUUUACAAGUGGCCGCUCCUGCUACAAAUUACUGUGACUCUUUUCUAUGCUAUCCUCAGACUACUGAGACAUAAUAAACAUAAGUUAUACCUCUCUAAAGCAUGUUUAGAGAAUCAAUUUUCACUGCUAAAGCCCAGCAAAAAAGCACAUCAUUAUUAUUAUGAUUAUGAUACAGUGAUAAUGGACUAUUAGUGAAUAGUGGGCUCAUCUAAACAUAAUAUUGAACUUUUGUUAAUUUUAAAAUCACAAUUCAGGUUUACACAACUCUAAAAAAUCUGUGCAAUUCAUGUAUAGUAAUAUUCAAAGAUUAAUGCCUGGUUGCUGUUUGUUUACAUUAAUAUGACUUGUGCAACCCUUUUUCUUGACCUCCUAAGCAUGUGGCUUGCAUCAGUAUAAUACAGCAGAUUGAACACCCAUGUAUGUAUAAUAAACUGACAUCCAUGAUAAAUGUGUGUGGGUCCACAUGAAAUUAGUUCAUUGUGUGA